CGACCACGCAAAGCGACCAUGAUGAUCCGUCCGUCCAGCCGCGAAGAAAGCAGCAGCGUUCUCGUGACCGAGUCGCUCGGCAGCGACACUCUUGGGCCGUCGAGUCCCAGGCGCACACAGUCCUCCAAGCUAUUGUCUCGCGCCGCGAGUCGAAAGCUGCCGCCGGUCGUCAGCACUCCGGUUAGCGCCGAGGUCGCGCAGUCGUGGUCGCGCAGCUUGCUCUCAGGGACGGCGCAAGAAGCCGCAAAAGCCAUCGACGAGCUCUCGGCGGCUGCUGGUAAUGCCGCGGCGAUGGACACGAUCAUUGGCCAAGGCGGAGUGCCCGCCCUCCUCCACCACAUGCUGCGGGACCAAGCGCUCGAUGAGGCGAGCAAGUCGCUCGAGGUCCUCCACCAGUUUGAGCGGUUUGCAGCCACUGAGCGGAGCGGCGUGCCCAACAUCCUUGGUGCCGUCGGCUUGCACGUGGACAAGUCCCCGGUCGUCCUCGAGCGCAAGAACGCGCUGCGCAUUCUCUUUGCCUUUGGGUAUGUCUACAACGACCCGUCGCUGACGUCGCCGUUGGUCGAGCGCCUCCUCGGUCUCCUGCGCAACUUGUGGGAGCCGACGACAUCUGACAGCAUUCCGCUGACGCUCGAGUGCCUGCACUUUCUGGCGAGCGUGCCGCAGUACCGCGGAAUGCUCUUCAGUCACUUGCUUUCGCCUGUGAGCGAGAAGCGCAGCAUGAGCAUCGACGCGAUCAAGGUCGAGACGCCCAAGCGGCGGGGCACGGCGAUCGUGACGGAGUUUCUCACCAAGCACCCGUCGGCCAUCUUUGGUUCAGGCAUCGAGUUCCUCAAGAGCUUCAUGCCGUCCGUGCCCGAGACUGUCCUUGUGCGCAACGGUGUCAACGGCCUCGUGCAGCUCAUCGCCAAGGGCGCCGAGAAGGAACGAGCGUCCGUGACUGCGCUCUUGGAGGAGCUCGCGCGCCACGACAGCGCCAACGACCAUGCGUCCCACCUCGUGUGCAGCGAGAUCUUCAAGGCGAUCGUCGGCCUUCUCUCGGACCCGAACGGCGACGACGACCAGAAGGUCCGCGCCAUGGGCGUCAUGGAGAAGCUCGCCAAGUACCAGAAGGUGCGCCGGCACCUCCACCGAGCGAGCGUGAGCCCCGAGCUCUUUCUUGUCGCCAACCUCGCGUCGCCACGGCCACGCGAGCAAGCCGAGCGCCUCUUGGGCACGCUCAUCGAGGCGCCCGAGUUUGCCGAGUUUGUACAAGCCUCGACGAGCUAG